CAUACAAGUGCAUGAUAAAUUGUCGAUUUCGACAUCUACUUGAUAAAUUGCAGUUGUUCAAAAACUAAAGUUAUUGUUAUUCGUACUUGUUAUUCGAAUCUUUAUGCCAGGCCUGGCCACGCGCUUUGUUCCCUUUGAACGCGCUGCAACGUAGUAUGAUCUCAUACUCUAAUCGAUACGCCUGCGCACGUGUCGACUUUUUAUUUUUUUUUUUUUUAUUGUUAAUACUUAUUAAUAACUUGUUAUAUGACUGUAAGUGAUAUAAAAUAUAUUAAAAAUUACUGUUAAACAAAUUUCUUUGCGCAUUAGUUAUUUUUUCACAAUGCAGUCAUUUUGACUGCUUUCAGGCAAUAUAGGUAUAUACUAAGCUCCCGUCUUUCUAAUGUUAAAAUUUACCUCCACGAGCACUAUACCUGCCAUCAUUUUAUUGUUAUCUUUAUCUUCGUCUUAUUAAAUAAACAGACUACCCUCUCUACUCUACAACUUCUCUGACCUAUACUACCCCCUUCAACCCUUGCACUAUAUGGAACAAUACACCACGUAGAUCAACAUCCACGAUGAACAAAGAUCGCUCGAAGAGAAGCUGUCGGAUGAACUACCCGCUUACGUAAUACCACCUGUCAGUCACUCGAUAUCGAUCGACCGACCAUCCUCCAUUUGUUUCGCGGCCAAAUUCAGAGCGUUAAAUUAACCGUGAAAACUAAUCUCGCGACCGACGUAAAACCGAAUGACUAUAGAAGAAUAAAACAUUUUUAUCCGACACAAGGACCAGUGUCAACUUCAAAGAUAUAUUUGGAUAUGUCGCUACUGUAUUGAUUAACAAUAUUAAUUGAUAGCAGUGUAAAAUUAUCUAUUGGAUGCAAGAAUAGAAUCGAUCUGUGAUUUUGUCCCGACGAUUGAACCAGGGCGUAUCGCAAUGACAACACCACCCUUUACCGACAUUGGUAAGAGUGCCAGGGACGUUAUCAGAACGGGUUAUCACUACGGCAAGUCUCUCAUGAGAUUUGGGGUAAAAACGAAAAAUAAUGGAAAUCUUAACGUGGGAAGUGAAUACGUAAUGAAUUUCGACGAAAGUAAAUCUAGUGGUCAUACAAUAUCCAGCUACAAGGUACCAAAUUAUUGUGUAUUGCGUCAAAAAUGGUCCAAGGACGGUACACUCGCUGCUGAGUAUGACGUGGAAAAAACGAUUCUUAACGGUAUGGCCAUUGUGUUGGGCGUCAAUUACAAUCCGGAAAGUUCCAACGGUAGUGUCAAUGUGUCGAGCAGUUACGCGAAGAACCAAAUUCACACGAAUUGCGGAUAUAGUCAUACUUUCGACAAGAUCUCCACGAUAUCCGGUAGCAUUGUUUACGCGUGGAAAGACAUUCUGAUUGGUUAUCAGGCCCAGUACGAUUCGUCUAAAAACAAAAUGACCAAAAAUGAUCUGGCAUUGGAAUUUGGCAGUGACGAUAUUCGACUUCAUGCGAGGUGCAACAACAUACCGUAUGAAUGUGGAUUGUCCAUAUAUUGCAAAGUCAACGACCAAUGGGAAGCAGUCUUGGAUGGAGUCAGUGCCAAAAAUGACAGCGUCAAUUUAUGGACACUUGGAAUUGGUGCAAAAUACAUACUCCAAGAGAAUUCUACAGUGCGAUGCAAAUUCAACAAGGAUCUGCAGCUUGGUACGAGUCUACGACAGCAGCUGUACGAAGGAAUUGCAUUGACGCUUUCGUUCAACGUCGAUCUGAAGAAGAUAAAAACGGGAGGACACAAGGUGGGUCUCUCGCUGGAUCUUGAGGCCUAAACCAGAUGAAUUCUUCGAAGACCUGAAGGUAUGCAUGCUCGACAAAGUCAACGGUGAGACCUCGAAGCAUUGUCACGUUAUUUAUAGAAAAAAAAAAAUGAAAAAAAAGAAAAUACAUUUGGCUUCAGAACAAAGAAACG